GUUAUGGUGUUUAAAAAUCCAAUGUAAAAAAAACAAAUGACUCAUACAAUUUGCUCGAUAAAUUUCGAGCAACAAGUGACAUGCAAAGUAUAUUACAAGAUAUUUGUACCAAUCGGGUUAAACCCUUGGUAAAUGUCAACAAUCAUAAUGAUGAUGAAUCGGAUUCUAUGGACGAAUGGGUUGCCUACAAAGAAAAUCUAUUUAUUUCUUCAUCUACAUCUGUUUCGCAACAACAUCAACAUCAACAAUUCAAUGGCAAAAGACGAAAAAGAAAACCGUUAUUGAUGAUGGAUUUGAAAGAAAAUCAAUUUCUUGUCGGUUAUAACCGGAUGGAAAAUAUGAUUGCCAUUACAUUAGUCGAACAGAGUAGACGAUCUACUGAUGAUCGAUCUAAUUGUCUGGCUACUUGUGUUCAGGUAAACGAUUUAAUCGAACUAAACCGUGAUCUAUGUUUAUUAUCUUCAUCUGUCCAAGAAAUACAAAAUCAUUUCGAACCGGUACGUCAGUUAUUGGAACAAUUUUCACUAGGAACUAAUACUACUUUCUACUAUAUACGAUAUCUGUUUGGAUGGACAGCAUCACAAGAGGAUAUAAUUCGACUCGAAUCUGCAAUACGAAAUUAUCUUCAUUGGGUGGCUGAUCAUUGCGGUCUUGAUCUAUUACGUUUGCUACUGUUCGAUCGGCAACAACUUGAAGAUUGUGAAGAAAACGUUCAACAAUUGCGAUUACAAAGUUACGAAAUGCCGGUCGAAAAAGCAUUACAAGAAUUAAAUGACGUUGUUGCAAUGCGCAAACGAGCAGCCAAUCUAUUAUCUAUCAGUGAAUUGUAUAAAAUAGAAGAUCAGAUUGUUGAUCAGGUUUUUGAAGCAUUAGGCGAAUUAUAUUUUAAUCAACUUCGACCUUUUCUUCGUAUGCGAGAACUUUCUUUACAACGCAUUGAUCAACUCGAUUCGAUUAUCGAAUGCAAGCAUUUUGGACCAAAAAUCAAACGACAAGCUGAAAUGGAUCAUAAUGAACAUCGAGAAUAUCUGCUAUCUGCAACCAGUGCUAUACAGCAGCUAUAUGUAGAUUAUUAUGGUCGCAUGGUUGGUAUUCUUGCUGGUCAAGUUGCUAGAGCUGUAGCAGACCAAAAACGAUAUGGCCGCAAUGCCAUCGAACGCACUGGUGCCAACAAUCGUUUAGAUCGAUUACGCCGUCAGGUGUGCUUAAAACGAAUUGAACAUCUUAACUGCCGCAAAUCGAUAUUGGAAACAAGCGGUUCUGAUAAGCAACAAUUAUUUCAAUUACGUCUAGAGAUUCUAGUCGAGCGCCAAUCUUCACUGCGACUAGAUUUGGCUCAACUUCUCGCCAAAGGCCAGUCAUCAAAUUUUGAUGCAAUCGAUUUCUACGAUGCAGUAGAAUCACCUGAACAUUUCGAUGUGAUCGACAAACAAUUGUCAGCCCAAAGUGAAAUGGUUCGAACUGAAAUCGGUCGAAUUAAAGAAAAAAUGGCUCGUAAUGCUCAACAACAAGCUCGACUUCGUUUGGAACUAGCUAAACUACAAAUCAAGUCUAACGAUCAACUUAAUCAGCCUUUAUCAUCAUCUCGUGACGAUAAAACUAAACUUAAGCGAUUUCGUCGUGAAACACUUAUUCGUCUGAAACGAUUUCGUGUGAAACAAAUGCUUUACGAGCAACAACAUGACAAACAAUCUGAUUCAGAAGAAGAAUUCCAGGACUGUAUUGACGACACUGUGCAAUCAAUGACUAAAUCAAUUGAGCCAACAAGCAAUUUAAACCGACAAACUGAACCAAUCCCAAUUCAAAAAGCACCAACGAUCGUUCCAUCAAUUGAUGUUCCUAUUUCUGCCAUUCCUCCGCCUCCGCCACCACCACCUCCUCCAUUGUUCGAUUUGAGCAUCAAACCUGUAGUUUUACACAAGUCUCCUUCACGAUCGUCAGCCAAACCACAGAAUUCAAAUGCACCAGCCACAAUUAGUCUUGAUGAAAUUUUAAAGAUGCGACAAAAACUUCGUCCUGCUCAAGAUAGUGCCAGUUCACCUUCUAAUAAAGAUCGAGCUACAAGUUGUAAUCAUUUCGAGAAUUUAUUAAAAUCGACUUUAAGACAGAUUCGAACGGUAGUUGAAGAUGAUAGUAUAUCUGAUCAAGAUUCUGAUGACAAUUCAUUCAACGAUUAAUAAUAAAAAUUGGUUUCAACUUAUUACAUCAUUAUUUCAUCAUCAACCUUGAUGUUUUAGUUGGCGCCAAAACGAUUCGAAUGUUGGCCAUGCGUUUCGCUUGCAGCGCACUCUAUAACCAACAACAAUUAUCCACAGCGGCGGGAGGAUUGACA